AGCAGAGUGAGAGCAGAGAGAAAGAUGAGUGCUGAUUGGGGGCCGGUCGUUGUUGCAGUGGUCUUGUUCAUUCUCUUGUCACCGGGGCUGCUAUUCCAAUUACCAGCAAGGACGAGGGUGAUGGAGUUCGGAAACAUGAUGACAAGCGGGAUUGCUAUCCUGGUUCAUGCCAUCAUAUACUUCUGCAUACUGACUAUCUUGAUCAUUGCAAUUGGUAUUCAUGUACAUAUCAACUAAGUCUCAUUCUAAUUUAUUGUAAAGUUUUCUUCCAAUUGAACUUCUUGUGUGUUUUGCCUUCCUUUUUAUGUUUUACUGCUACCCAUUGGUUUAGUUUACUUCAACUUGACACUGACACAUUGUGAAGAAGCAUCUUAAUGAAAUGAAACUAGUUAUGCCUUGC